GGCACAAUGUCUGCGCGUGUUUCUUGACAUUUUCUUGAAGAGCCAGGGCUUGUCGGUGAAAUUAUUUUGAUUUUGUGCUGAGAAAUAAGAAACUAUCCCAAUGAUGUCACUACUUCAUUUACGAAGAGCAGUACAGAGAUUAUUUAUUACUAAUAAAUAUCGUUAUUCAACAGAAGCUGGGAAAAAGGAGAAAGCCCCGGAAGAAGAUGUCACAGCCGAGAAAAGUCUGACCCAUGUAACUUUUGAGAGUGUCGAGGAGAAGAAUCGCCAGACGUACCUGCAGCUAAUCCAGGCAUUUCACACACAAUCCCGCUACCGUAAGAACUAUGUGGAAUUCAUUACGGCAGCCCUGAAAAAUAUGAAACACUAUGGAGUCCAUCAGGAUCUGCAAGUCUACAAGGCACUAUCGGAUGUCAUGCCAAAGGGGAAGUUUAUUCCCCAAAAUCUUAUUCAGUCGGAAUUCAUGCACUACCCCAAGCAGCAGCAAGUUCAAAUUGAUCUACUGGAACAGAUGGAGGACAAUGGGGUGAUGCCCGAUGUGGAGAUGGAAGCAAUUCUUGUAAAUACCUUCGGGAAGCGUGGACAUCCUGUACGGAAACUCAGGCGAAUGCUCUACUGGAUGCCCAAAUUCAAGAAUCUCUCACCAUGGCCCCUACCGAAGCCUAUGCCCAAUGAUGAUCUUGAAAUUGCCAAAUUGGCUGUUCAGCGGAUAAUGACUGUGGAUCUGCAGGCAACAGUGGAGGUAUUUGAGACGAAAGAUGUUGAAAAUGUUCUCGAUGAGACGUGGAUUGUGAGUGGACAAACCCCAACGCAGAAGGAACUCAUAAAGCACUACCGGAAUGCUAAAGCAAUUUACAUUGAAGGACCAUUCUAUAUUUGGCUUCGCAAUAAAUGCGUCAGUUACUUCAUCCUGCGUGGGGAUGCUCUUCCAAUUCCGCCACAGGACACCAGCAAUCCCGAUGACGUUGAAACGCUUGAAGUUCCGCCGGCAAUUGCCAGCAGUAUGGGUAUCGGUGUAUCCAGAAGGAAGAAUGACGUGGGAAGGGUAAGGAGUGUCCAUGAGCAGAAUGAUGGAACGAUUUUGGCUGUUUGUGUCACUGGGACAUGCUCAAAAGACUCCCUCCUUUCGUGGAUAAGGAUUCUACAGAAUGAGGGUUAUGAUGAUUUAGCAAAUAUUCCCAUCCUAUUCAAGUUCCAGCCAACAAAGCGGGAGCUUGUUGCACAAACUUCCCCAUAAUCGAAAAGAUUUUUGUACUUCCACACCAUCGUCAACCUUUUUUUUCUCCUCAUUCCCUUUCCAUACCUUCAUCAAUGUGGGAGGGAAGAUAGAAGGGGGAAAAAUAACAAGCUCAACUCCAUAUAGCCUGAAUUGGAAAAAGACAUAGAGAACAUGAAUGGGCACAUUGGAAUAAAGUUCCCACCAAGAUGAAGAUUUGGUCACACUUUUUGCAGCGUCGAGAAUAUAUAAAAAAAAAAGAUUUUACUAAAGGAUGAUGAUUGAGGGUAAGUUCUACUACUUCUGGGGAGAAUGAGGGGAAAAAAGUUGCAAGAAAUUGGAAAGUUGUUAACGUAUUUUGCAGAGAAAUAAAAAAAAAGAACAUGAGAUUGCGAAGAUUGGGUGAUGAGAAGGAGAAAGAGGAAGAAAUGUGUUUUUUUUUUUAAUAAAAACAGAAUGAUAUUUAGAA